UUUAAAUCUCAUUUUCCACCCCCCUCCCUUCUCCUCGUCGCUCGCCCGGGCUCUGCGGAAGGAAGCGCCCGCACUGCCCCGCGGCCGGAGCGCCCCGCGCCCGCCCCGAGGGGCCCCGCGGAUGUGCGGAUCCCUCCCGCCCUCUCUUUGUCCUCACCCACCUCCCAUCGUAUUUUUAUUUUUAUUUUGAAAUUUCAUUUUUUUCAAGCAGACCUGAGCAUCACCGCGGGCUGGGAGGGUGGGGGGCCCCGCGGCGCUGCCAGACCGACCCCUGCCCAUCGCUCUUAAGGAACUCUCAUGGCUUCACGGCCGCAGACAAGUUGCCGUGCAUCGUGGUGGACUAUCGGAGUUUGCAUCCUGGCAGCCGCGCUCCUACCAGGGCUGCAAGCUCAGAGCGUCUUGGUCAAUGACUCCGUCUCGGGGUUCAUCGGCACGGACGUGGUGCUGCACUGCAGCUUCACCAACCCUCUGCCCAUCGUGAAGAUCACUCAGGUGACGUGGCAGAAGGCCACCAACGGCACCAAGCAGAAUGUGGCCAUCUACAACCCCGCCAUGGGCGUGUCCAUCCUGUCCCCCUACAAGGAGAGGGUGACUUUCCGCAACCCUUCCUUCAAGGAUGGCACCAUCCAGCUGUCCCGGCUGGAGCUGGACGAUGAGGGCGUUUACAUCUGUGAGUUUGCCACCUUCCCCACCGGCAACCGGGAAGGGCAGCUGAACCUCACCGUGCUGGCCAAGCCCACGAACUGGAUGGAGGGCACCAAGAGGCCUCUAAUCGCCAAGUCUGGCAGGACAGAGAAGAUCUUGGUGGCCACCUGCACCUCCUCCAACGGGAAACCCCCCAGCACCGUCACCUGGGACACGAAGCUGAAGGGGGAGGCGGAGUUCCAGGAGAUCCGGAACAGCAACGGCACCAUCACGGUGAUCAGCCGGUACCGGCUGGUGCCGAGCCGCGAGGCGCACCGCCAGCAGCUCAUGUGCGUGGUCAACUACCAGCUGGAGAGGUUCACCGACAGCAUCACCCUCAACGUGCAGUAUGAGCCAGAAGUCACCAUCGAGGGUUUUGAUGGCAACUGGUUCCUGAACCGCAAGGAUGUGAAGCUGAUCUGCAAGUCUGAUGCCAACCCCCCAGCUCACACCUACGAGUGGAAGCUGCCAAACGGGACCCUGCCAGGGAGUGUGGAAAUCCAGAACAACACCAUCUACUUCAAAGGGCCCGUGUCCUACAGCGUGGCUGGCACCUACGUCUGCGAGGCCACCAACGCCAUCGGGACACGCUCGGGCCUGGUGGAGGUCAAUGUCACAGACAAGCCACUACCUCAGAGUGCCCCGGGAGGCAUCAUUGGGAUCGUGGGAGGUGUCAUCGCUGCCGUUUUAAUCAUCGGCGUGGCCGUCACCGUCAUCAUCGUCUACAGGCGGCAGCAGAAAAGCCGCUCCGACACUGACAAUGACCUGAUUGACCUCCCUCCAUCCCACAAACCUGCCCCUCCACCAAAGAGGAAACAGGACAUGAAAAGCCACCUGACUCCAGAAGACAUCCAGGUUGUUCACUUGGACAACAUGAAACACGAGGAGGAGAUCCAGAAGUUCCCUCUGCAGACUCCCUACUACGACAUGGCAGCCCCCGAGCCCUCUCCCUACAGUGACAAGCUGAACUUUGGAAAGUGUCACUCAGAGAUAUCGAAUGCGAGUGAUUACCUGACCCGCUGUUACUCACAUGAAGAUCGAUAUCUGGAGAAGAUCCCUCAUGUCUAUGCCCCCUUGUCAGACCUCCCACAAGAUCUUUAUCCUCACCAUUCCGACAUCUCCUUCUGCUGCCCACCUCCCGGCUCCCGGGCUCCUUACAUCUGUCCUAAGGAACAGUAUGUUUAAAGUGUCAACACUGCAAAAACAAAAAAAUAAUAAUGAAGAAACUCAUGGUUUUCACCUCUCCUGUCGCUCAACAACCAAGGCCUUCCAGCCCUCCCCUCCCUUUGCCAUCGCUCAUGUUAUUGAUUGGGUUUUAAAUCCGGGUGCAAUUGCCAUGAUUAGUUCCAAGUGUCUGCCUGGCUUGCUAACGCUCAAGGGAACACUCUGCCUUCUCCCAUAUCCUCUCCAGCACCUGCAUCUUUCUGUUCUCCUCCUGGCUCUGUGUGUGCAUGUGUCUGUGGGUGACAGCUGCCCUGUGGUGGAUGGGAUGUGCCCAGCCCAGUGUCCGUAGGUUUUUCCCCUGUGUUGAUUCCUGCACCCCUCACACCAGAAUAGCCGGGUGUGCAUCAUCCCCAGCCCUCGCUGCAGCUUCUCUGAGGUUUUACAGCACAGCCAGUGCUCAAAGCUGAGCCUGUGGCUUUUUAUUUCUUUUUUUUUUUUAAUUUUUUUUUUCCCUGCUCCUUUUCCCCCUUGGAAGUGGGGAUAGCAAAUCCCCGUUUGUGAAGAGCUGAAGAGCCAAGAUUGCUGAACCAAAUCAUAAGAUGCUUAUAAUGAAAGAUGCUCAAAACCAACCCAAAAAUAGAGAUCAGGACACGGUUUAGGCGGUUUGUUUCUGUCCUUUUCCCUUCCUGCUCCCACUCCCAAUCUCCUGGAUUGACUCUUUUAAAGGAGACAUAUUUUGGAGUCAACACAUUUGGAGAAAGCAUCCUUUAAAUAACAGGUCUGAUAACCUGAAACCCAAAGGAGAAAAUAAUUAUAAAGGAAAACAUUCUCUCUAAUUUUCCUUCCAAAGCCUAACGUGGCCCCCCACGAGCUUUUCCCCCUUCUCUUCCUCGCAUCUGUUGAUUGGAAUUUUAAAAUUAACUCAGGCAGAAUAUGAAGAACAAAUCAGGAUUUCAGGUAAUCUCCUUGCUCUUAAUGAAGGAUAAAAGCCAAUAGAGGAAUUUGGCCUUUUAACUUUUAUAAAAGCAUCUUAGCUUUGGGACUACACCUCUUUUUGAUAUUGGAAUGUGUGUGGGUGUGUAAAUCCAAACGUGUACAUUCCUGUGACCACAAAGUGUUUUAGAGAAGGGAAUUUAUCGCCACAUCACAUUUGUGUUCACUUGUAUUAGAGGAAAAAAAAUAUAUAAAUAUCGAUACACACUUCAAUGUACAUAAAAGCAAAGAAGAGGAAGAGGAGGACAAGGAAUGAACAUCCUGCCUCAGAGCUUGGUUUCAGGGAUAACUCCCAUCUGUUUCACCCGUGGCAUGGAAGAGGUGAGGCUGGGAUGGUUCUGAACCAGGGGACAAAACUUUGUGGCCAGAGGGCAUUUCCUUGGCUUUGGCUCGGGGAAUUACCUUUGCUUUGCAAACCUGGCGUUCUGCAGGCACUAAAAACCCUCUGGAAAACGUGAGGAUGAUGGAGCUGAGUCCAUGGGAAGGAGAGGUGGCACUACACCCUUGCCCUGCUGCCCAGGCACCCCAAACCUGUCAGUGCUGCUGGGACAGGUGAGCAAUGGAACUCCCAGCAGGUGACAGCUCCUGCCAGGGGACCUGUGACCACACAGGUGUCCCUGCACUGAUUCACCCGUUUGUCUUUGUCCAGCUCUGCCUGUUCCCUGCCCUUGCUGUGUCCCUGUCACCUCCAGCCUCGUCCUGCCUGUCCCUGCUGCACAUCUGGCUCCCUCUGCCUCCCUGCAGGCUGACACACACAUCUGGAUGGGGGAGAGGGGGUUCACACCCCGGGCAGUCAGGCAGCACAGCCAUGGGGGGGAUCACACCACGGGCAUGGAUCCCCAGAAUGGCAAAAAUCACCCCCAGAAUGGCAAAAAUCACCCCCAGCCCUUCCCCAGUGCCCGAGCAGGACAAGGUGUGUGGGGGAAUUGCUGCACCUGCAGAGGUGUUUCCUGCUGGGAGGUGGCCUCACACUCAGUGACAGGUGGGUGCAUCAGCUGAGCCACCUGGGGGUGCCUGGCUGGCUCAGCAGUGGGGGAAGGGGAAUUUUGGAUGCGUUUUUUGGCCAAGCUGGGAUGGGCAGCAGCAGCUCUGCCACGUGCUGGUGCUUGGAGCAGCCUCAUUCCCAAAGGAUCAGGGGAGGAUCAGCAGGACACAGAUUUAGAGGACUCCACACAACUCUUCAACCCCAUCCUGCCAGUCCUGACUGAUGCAAACCUUUCUGGGAUCAUUUGGGGUCACAUUUCCUCCGCCAAUCUCCAGAGGAUCCAACCUGUUGUUCCCUCACACCAAAGGACUCCAGGUCUCUAUCAGAAAAAUGCGUUUUUCUCUCUGGUUUUCUCCCCAAAACACCUUGGGUUACCAUGGAGCUGGAAACUGGGUGUGCUCUGAACUGAAGGCACAGCCACCACAUUCACCCCACGCUGCAUCUGCCAAACCUGCCUUUGCUCCCUCAAUUUGGAAAAGUGAGGAGGUGCUGGAAACCCCACAGGUCUCCGAUGUCCUGGAAUCAACCCAGCACCACUGACCAUGAGGAAGAAGCAAGCAAAAAACCCAUUCCAAGCUUCCCUACCUGCAUGCCUGGAACAGCAGAGCUCUGCCUGCACCAUGGUUUGAUUUGGAGCCUUCACCUGAUGCGGUUUCAGACAGAUCCAGGAAUUUAAAUGAGAAGUGGAAUAUGUUCAGGUCUUCAGAUACAAGAGGAAAGAAGCCAGACAAAAUGAUUGCCUGCCAGAGGAGGCUGGGAACACGUUGCAGGUGGUUUUCUCUGCUGCCCAUGUCUGGGACAAAGAUGCUUUGAUGAGCGAGGGGAAGGCAGGGGAUACAAACCGCAGCAUUACAGAAAAACUCUGCUUGCCUUGUGCGGCUUUGGAUCUCAGCUGCCCACAGAAGUCUGCCACAAAGGGUUUUACUGGGCUUGCAGCAAAGCAAAAAGAUUUCAAUCCUCCCUGAAAAGGUAAAAGGCAGGAGAAGCCUCAGUUCAAAGCAGUGGUUUGAGUUGUGCCAGCACAGGUGUUUAGUCUAGGAAUGUCUUGGUUCUCUCUGCCUCUCCUGAGGAGCUGCUUUGAUCCCAAAACAUGGCAAGAGGGGCUCGCCACACGCCACCAAAUUCCUCUGUGCCCUGGGAAAAGGGGGGAAGCCCUGAAGGACAGCCCUGAAGUAAGAAAUAGUGAGUCCACUGCUUUGGUUUUACAAAUGUGUGCUUGGAAACGGUUCUGAUUCAGGGCUCUUUCCCUAUUGUCACCCAGUGUUUGCCCAAUGGCUUUUCCCAAAUUCCCCUGGGCUAAAUCCUCACUUUGCUCCAGGAUAAGGCUGCCCAAGCCUGGGGGGUGCUGGAUCAGGGCCAGGGGAGGUGUUCUCCUGCAGACGCGGUGCCAACUGACUUUACACGAUCCCUGCCCUGGGGACUGAGCCAUCCAACGGCGCUGUUGGAUCACUGAGCAAGUGCAGCUGGAAACUGGUGGAGUGGGAUCCAGUGGGCUGGGAGGAGCUGGUGUUGUAGGAUAGGGGAUCAUGUAGGUUGGAAAGACCCCUGAGGUGGAGCUGUUCCUCCUGUCACCAGGGUGAAAUGUCACGGGUUCUGUUCCAUGUGUUGGUGGCGCUGAGCUCUUGCAGAUGGAAAAGACUGAUCACAGAACUUCAAUAAA